AUGGAGGUCAACCCCGAAGGUGACCUGGAUGCUGGGAACCCCCCGAGGGGUGGUCCAGGAGUGGACCAGAAUGAACUGUAUAAAAGGUUUGCUUUCGUAGAUCACGUUUCUCCUUAUCGCAAUGUAUCAGGAGAAUCUGUUAAUCUCCCUAUUGGACGUGGAAAAUGCAAUCACAACCUUCACGGGAACAUGGUCAAGUCAGGGAUUGAACUGGAAGUGGCAGGUCGGCGGCAAGUCAGUCUCUCGUGCCACGAAAAACACAAUAUGGACAAAGAGAAACAACUGCUAUCUUAUCUUCACACAGGUCAAUUUAUGAGCUCUCCUCCUAAUAGUUCCAUCACUGGAGUCAUUGGAGAAGGGGUCAUUCUGCCCUGCCACGUGGUAGCGGAAAACAUUCCCGAGGAAUUCUCUGUCCAGUGGAUAUUUCAUGAACAGUCUCAAAAAAUAACUGUGAGUGGAUAUGACGGAAAGAAUAAAAAGGAGAAACAAAAUGAGAGAUAUCAAGGCAGAACAGAAUUCUUCCACGGUGAAUUUAGAGCUGGCAACAUGUCUCUGCGCUUGAAGAACGUCAGGAGCUCCGACAAAGGAUUGUACUCUUGUGUGGUCUCCUUCAACGAUACGUAUCAUGAUGUGUUGAUUGAACUGCAAGUGGCAGCUAAAGGUGACGCGCCUUCCAUUUUCCUGAGGAGUCACAUGAAGCAGGGCAUCGACCUCACCUGCCAAGCGUCAGGAUGGUUUCCUAAACCUGAAGUGAUUUGGUUGGAUGGCCAAGGACAAGCCCAGAAGGAAGCAUCCACCACCAAGAUGACGAUGAUGCCUGCAGGUCUCUACAAUGUCGUAACUUCCAUGAACCUAAAAUCGGGCUCUGACGCGGAAGUCUCCUGCAGGAUAGUCAGCAAUCUGCUAAACACAACGAGCGAGUCGCGAGUCCUGAUCUCAGGUGUUUUCUUCCCCUCCAUUUCAAAAUGGCUGAUCCUCUUCCUGGCAAUUUUAUGUCUUAGCCUGGUCGUAUUUUCCACCGUGUUUUCUAAGCUGAGAAGUAAGUAUUUCUUGGCAAUCAAAAGAAAACACUUAGCACAGAAACCACGAGACAAGUCUACAGAUUUCUGGGAAGCCCGGAGCCACGCAGUUCCCGUCACCGUGGAUCCUGACGGCCGCAUCCUGGAGCUCCAGGUGCCCGGGGUUCCAGAUGUACAGAGCAACGCGUCCGAACCCACCGGCCCCAACGCUCCCUCCACGGUGCCGGUGCUGGUGGGGAGGGAAGGGUUUGCAACUGGGAAACACUACUGGGAGGUGGAGGUGGGCCAGCAGCAGGACUGGGUGCUGGGGGUGGUGAGGAAGACAGGGGGACAGGAGGAGGAAGGGACCCUUCCUGGGGAGGACUACUGGGCUCUGCACAGGUCCCAGGGAGAGAUUUUCUCCAGCGAAGGAGACCGCAGGCUUGAGAAGCGGCAGAUGAGUUAUUCGGUGAUAGGUGUGCUUCUGGACUUGGAGGAAGGGCAGGUGAACUUUUACGAAGCCGAGCAGACGGGCAUCAUGGUGAGAAUGUCUCUGAGGCUUGGAAAGGAACCUGCAGAAAGGUUUUACCCGUUUCUAUCUAAAGGGGAAGGGACGCUCACACCUCUUAUCCACCCGGUCUUAAUCCCUGUCCCUCUGGAGCCGCUGUAA